CCGUGGAGCUUUGUUUCUAGCUGUUCUCUGACCAAGGGCUUGUUCUGUGCAGCUCAGCUCUCAUCCUCUUUGUUCAGCCUCUGGCUUCAACCACUGAAUCACAAAUAUUCUCCAGCUGGGAAUCAGACAAGGGCAGACAUGAAUCCAGAAGCCCAACAGGAUGUUUCAGUUUCCCAGGGAAUUCGCAUGAUAUUUUAUAUGAUGAAGCCCAAUGAAACGUCAUUCAAAACCCUGGAAGAGGUGCCUGAUUAUGUAAAGCAGGCAACCCCAUUUUUCAUUUCCUUAAUGCUUCUUGAACUGGUCGUCAGCUGGAUUCUCAAAGGGAAACCACCAGGUCGUUUGGAUGAUGCAUUGACAUCAAUAUCAGCCGGCAUUUUUUCUCGGCUUCCAAGCUUGUUUUCUAGGAGCAUCGAACUGACCACUUACGUUUAUAUCUGGGAGAACUACAGGCUCAUCAGUUUGCCUUGGCAUUCUCCAUGGACUUGGUAUUUAACUUUCUUAGGAGUUGAUUUUGGCUACUACUGGUUCCAUCGCAUGGCCCAUGAGGUUAAUAUCAUGUGGGCUGGACACCAAACCCACCACAGUUCUGAAGACUAUAACUUAUCCACAGCACUGAGACAAUCUGUUUUGCAAGUAUAUACUUCCUGGAUAUUCUACUCUCCCCUGGCCCUCUUCGUACCACCUUCAGUAUAUGCUGUUCAUCUUCAGUUCAAUCUUCUCUACCAAUUUUGGAUCCACACAGAGGUCAUCAAUAACCUUGGUCCUUUGGAACUGAUUAUUAAUACUCCUAGCCAUCAUAGGGUUCAUCACGGCAGAAACCGUUAUUGCAUAGACAAAAAUUAUGCCGGUGUUCUUAUUAUAUGGGAUAGAAUUUUUGGGACAUUUGAGGCAGAGAAUGAGAAAGUUGUAUAUGGUCUAACACAUCCCAUUAAUACAUUCGAACCAUUCAAGGUGCAGUUCCACCAUUUAGUUUAUAUAUGGACUACAUUCUGGUCCACACCUGGAUUCUUCAACAAGUUUUCUGUCAUAUUUAAAGGACCAGGAUGGGGUCCAGGUAAACCAAGACUUGGACUGAGUGAAGAAAUCCCAGAGGUCACGGGGGAAGAAGUUCCCUUCUCAUCCUCGGUGUCUCAUCUUUUAAGGAUCUAUGCAGUUGUACAGUCUGCUUUGAUGCUAGCGUUUUAUGAAGAGACCUUUGCAGAUAAAGCUGCACUAUCACAGGUCACACUCCUUCUGAGGGUUGCCUUCAUUAUCCUGACAUUGACCUCCAUUGGAUUUCUUCUGGAUCAAAGACCUAAGGCAGCUGUUCUGGAAACUUUCCGUUGCUUGGUAUUCCUCAUGUUGUGUAGAUUUGGUCAUCUGAAGCCUUUCAUUCCUUCUUUGUCAUUUGCCUUUGAGAUUUUUUUUUCCAUCUGCAUUGCUUUCUGGGGAGUCAGAAGCAUGAAAGAACUUGCCUUCGGCCCUUGGAAAUAAGUUUGUAUUCAGUUCUUUGGUUUUAGUCAGUUGUCCACAACCACAGUAUAUUAUAAUUGCCUCUGGAAAUAUAAUUAU